CAAGGUGGCAUCCCGGCGGGAAAGAAUCGGCAGAAAAAGGCCAGCGAGCGAGAAAUGAAGUUGCGGAGCCCCGGCCCGGCCUCCUGAACCGCGGCGGACGUCCUCCUUUUCCCCCUCCGAGAUGGCUUCCGGGCCGCCCGCGGACGAUGACUUCGACAUCUACUACAGUCUGAGCGAGGGCUCAAGCCCCGGGGCCGGCUCCCGGGAGAGGCCGGCGGGGGCCGGGCCGCGGGCCCCGGGCGUGACCGGCCUGCGCAACCUGGGCAACACGUGUUACAUGAACGCCGUCCUGCAGUGCCUCGCCAGCGUCACACCUCUGGUGGACUAUUUCCUCUCCGGGAAGUACGUCACGGCCCUGCACCAGGACCGAGGCGAGGUGGCCACGGCGUUUUCCUACCUGCUGAUGGACAUGUGGCUGGGGGAGGCGGACUGCGUCGCCCCCGAAGUGUUCCGCCUGGCCGUGGGCAACCGCUGCCCCGCCUUCGGGAAGAAGAGCCAGCAGGACGCCCAGGAGUUUCUCAGCUUCGUCCUCAACGCGUUGCACGAAGCCCUGAGGAAGCCCCACAGGCGGAGGGCGAGCGAGAAGGUCUGCCGAGGGGGCAAGGCGGGUGCCGCCGCCACCGCCGCCGACUCGUCCAUCGUCACCCAGCUGUUCGAAGGCCAGCUCAGCUACCACGUCGUCUGCUUGAAGUGCAACAGCUGCAGCUACAAGCGCGAGACCUUCACCGUGCUCUCCCUUCCCGUCCCCUCGCACUAUCAGUGCUCUCUCCAGGAAUGUCUGGAGCGUUUCUUCCAACAAGACACCCUGCGGUGGAAUGACCAGAUUUACUGCUCCUGCUGCGGCGCCAAGCAGGACGCGGCAGUGAGGGCCGGUGUCGUCAAAGCGCCCAACGUCGUUAUUUUUCAUCUGAAGAGGUUCGAGUGUUACGGCAAAAUGAAAAGGAAACUGAGGACAAAUAUCCAUUACCCCCUCGUCAACCUGGACCUCUCCCCUUUCAUCUACCCGUCGUGUCGGAAGCAUCCAAAAUAUACCCUCUGGGCUGUGGUGAACCACUUCGGCGACUUGGACGGCGGCCACUACACGGCCUUCUGCAAGCACGCCGGCACCCAGAGCUGGUUCAGCUUCGACGACACGCGGGUCCUUGCGGUGCCGGAGGCCGCCGUCCAAACCGCGGCCGCCUAUCUCCUCUGCUACAGCUGCCAGCCCUUCUCCGCGCCCAGCCUCGGGUGCUAGGGGAAGGACGGCGGCGGAGACCCGCGGGCUGCGUUUUUCCGCAUCCACACGCCGCCGGGGUUUGGACAGGAGGAGCCGAGAGGUCCUUGGCAUUAAACCUGGGCUCCAACCACU